AUGGAUCGGGUGAAGGCUGUGGUGCUGCUGGGGUGGCUGCAAGCGCGGGCGCGUUGCUGCGUGAGGCCGGCCCUGCUGCGGGGAGAGCGGGGAGCGGGCGGCGGCGCCCGGGCCUGCAGCUCCACGCCGGUCCCGGACGGACCCGAGGGCCCAGCGCGCCCGCGCUCCUACUGGCGCUACGUGCGGCGUCUGGUGCGGGGAGCGCCGGAGCCGCCGUACCCGCGCGUGUGCCAGGUCGGGGACCCGGCGCUGCGGGCCGUGGCGGCCCCAGUAGAGCCGGCGCAGCUGGCGGGGCCCGAGCUGCAGCGGCUGGUGCAGCAGCUGGUGCAGGUGAUGCGGCGCCGGCACUGCGUGGGCCUCAGCGCGCCGCAGCUCGGGGUGCCGCUGCAGGUGCUGGCUCUGGAGUUCCCCAACGCGCUCUUCCACGCCUGCGCGCCGCGCCUGCGCGAGAUCCGCCAGAUGGAGCCCUUCCCCCUGCACGUGUUCGUGAACCCCAGCCUGCGGGUGCUGGACAGCCGCCUGGUCACCUUCCCCGAGGGCUGCGAGAGCGUCGCCGGCUUCUUGGCCUGCGUGCCCCGCUUCCAGGCAGUGCAGAUCUCAGCCCCAUAGUGAGCCCAGCAACCUACCUGUCAGAGUUGGGAACCAGGUUGAAUACUUGGUUAAGAGGCA